AGAAAGUAUGAUAACCUCAAACUGUUUCUCAAUUAUUAUUACAAAAGUUGUGGAUGAAAUGAGGAAGAGAGGAGACGUGUUCAAGAAAUACACGUAAUUGGUAUUUGAGGAUUAGCAGGUAGCAGCUGGCGACGGUGGCGAUGGCGAUGAAGGGGAAAGUUUGUGUUACAGGGGCUGGAGGGUUUAUUGCUUCAUGGGUGGUCAAGCUUCUGCUUUCCAGGGAUUAUAUUGUCCACGGAACUGUCAGGGAACCCAGCGAUGCUAAGUAUGCUCACUUAACGAAAUUUGAUAAAGCCAACGAGAAUUUGCAACUGUUUAAGGCUGAUUUACUGGACUACCAGUCCCUGCGUACCGCGAUUGCAGGAUGUGAUGGAGUUUUCCAUGUUGCCUGUCCAGUUCCUUCCACAACUUCAUCAAACCCCGAGACAGAAGUGAUUGGACCUGCUGUAAAGGGCACACAUAAUGUGCUUGAAGCUUGUGUUGAAGCAAAAAUUAAGCGAGUCGUUGUCGUAUCCUCAGUUGCUGCUGUGUUUUCCAAUCCCAGUUGGCCUCGAAGUCGAGUAAUGGAUGAAAGUUGUUGGUCUGAUACGGAGCACUGCAGAGCUUCUAAGGACUGGUAUUUUCUGGCAAAAACAAAAGCUGAAAGUGAAGCCUUGGAGUUUGGGAGAAGAUGUGGGCUUGACGUUGUGACUAUUUGUCCUACCCUCGUUAUCGGGCCAGUUUUGCAGCCAACAGUCAAUGCCAGCACCUUGGUUCUUCUCAGAAUUCUAAAAGAAGGGUCCGAGUCAAUGGAGAACCGGCAACGGAUGUUAGUAGAUGUACGUGAUGUAGCAGAGGCACUAAUUCUUUUAUAUGAGAAGAGGGAGGCAGAAGGAAGGUACAUUUGUACAGCGCAUUCAAUUGAGACACGGGAGCUGGUGGAUGCACUGAAGAGCAAGUAUCCUGAUUAUAGCUAUCCAAAGAAGUUGAGUGAAUGGAAAGCGGAGCCAAUAAGUCUGAGCUCGGAGAAACUGCAAAGAUUGGGUUGGAAGUAUCGGCCAUUGGAGGAGACGCUUGCAGAUGCUGUCCAGAGUUUCAAAGACGCCGGCAUGCUGGAGUGAUGUCACUGGUCGCUCUCUUUUGCCCUCUCUCGCUCUUGGCUGCUCUUUUGUAUUGUUUAUUACCAUCUCUGUCUCAGUUAUCACUCUGUUGUUACUUGUUACUGAAGUGAAACACUCAACCGCAAUUCAGAACUUUUUUUCUAAAUCACCAAAGUACGAGCUAUAGCUACGUAUUCAAUAUUUUUAGUAUUCACUAUUCAGACUUUUGAAAAGAGUGAGAAGAUGGGAAGACUUUCAUGUUUACACACAAAACCUGCCCGAAUGGGUAAGCUGUAUGUCAAAGCUUUCGGAUUUGGUUGUUAAAUCUCAAUAAUGCUCAUGAUAUUUAGGAUGA